AUGCUUCAGAGAGACGCACUCGAGGGCACAACUGCACUCCACUUGGCAGCAUACGGUGGACACAUUGAAGUGGUAAAGUUCCUUAUCCAUGCUGGAGCGGAUGUCUUUGCAUUCGAUUUCCCUGGUUUGACGGCUUUACAUUGGGCUGCUUAUAAAGGGCACAAAGACAUCGUGGCUCUCCUACUCGAGAAUGGAGCCAGCCCAUCAAGCAUGCCCUACCAUUUGAUGGACACACUCCGCGAUCCAACAGCAAAGGGGUCAAUGGGUCUGACGGCGAUGCUGGAUCGCACUAGUGACGAUGGUUCUCUGCUUUUUGGUCAAGUGUCGCCAUUGCAUUGGGCGGUAGCUGGACGCCAUGCCGAUAUAGUACAGCAGCUUUUGGACCGGGGAGCUGAUAUUCAUAUGGAAGGCCUUGGAACACCGCAUACUGUACUAGAAACAGCAGCAGAUCGAGGGAAUGGGGAGCUAAUUAAAUUGCUCUUGAAUUUGGGUGCUCAUGCUAGUCAAAAAGCCCUGAAUCUGGCAGUCUCGUCUGCACGUACGGAAGCUGCAAGAAUUCUCCUGGACGCCGGGGUUAGUUCUUCUCUACCGGACUCAUCAGGAUUGCUGCCACUGAACAGGGCGGCCUCCAUGGGCCAUGAGGCAAUCGUACGUCUCCUCCUCGAAGCCGGAGCAGAUAUAUAUUCGGUGGAUGCCACUGGAGAAUCAGCACUUCAUCUAGCAGCUUCCGGAGGUCAUACCUCUGUCGUGCAGCUUCUUAUCAAUGCUGGAGCCAGUACAACGUCAUUCGACGAAAGGGGGAUGACACCAUUACAUCACGCGGCUCAAGAAGGGAAUCUGAGAGCAGUCCAGCUCUUAUUUGAUCACAAUAUAUCGGAAUCUCAUCAAUAUUUCAACCAGCUGACAGCAUUGCAUAGCGCCGCAAAUUGCGGCAACGUGGAGGUAUUUAGUGAACUUCUUGAUUCCUUUGAGAACUCUGGUUCACUGGCUACAUCUGCACCUAUGCCGAUGUUCCACUUAUCCUUUGGACAAGCAGUGGAAAGAAAACAAGUUGUUCACACCGGUCCAGUUCUCCAUCACGCAGCAUAUGGUGGAAGUAAAAAAAUCCUCUCGAUACUUCUGGAGAAGGAGGUAGAUAUAACGGCGACAGAUGAUCAUGGAAUGACCGCCCUUCACUGGGCUGUCCAAAGUGGCAGGACAUCCGCCGCUGCAGCAACAAUACAGCAACUACUCGAUGCUGGAGUCGAUUUAUUUGCACGCGACAAUUGUGGAAGAACUGCACUUAACUGGGCAUCCUUUCCACCCCGGUUCGACGAACUUCUUCAUCGGGUAGAAGAUGCUGCUAUCGCUCCUGAAAGUGCACCGGCUCACAUGAGUAACUUGACACCACUCCAUAUAGCUGCCCGGAAUGGAGACUUAAUAGAGAUAGCUGACUUGAUUUCUGGGGGAAUCGAUCCCUCUCUCCCUGAUGACACUGGAAUGACCGCACUUCAUUGGGCAGCGCGAAGAGGACAUGUAACAGUGUUACAGCAUCUCCUCGCGGCGGGGGCUGAUAUAUUUGCAUUGGACAAAUGUGGCAGGUCAGCAAUCCAAUGGGCAAUCGAGGAAAGGGAGAAUCAAUCGGUGGUAUUGCUGGCAAAAGAGCAACUGGAUACUUGUCAGAUACGAGACGUUUCUUGCCCGACCGAGCUUGUAUCUCUCCUCAGACGUUUUGUUGAUGAAACAGCCUAG